AUGAGCGCUUUCUUCCCUGUCAUCUCGUCGCUGAACCCGGCCGCGCCGUCUGUCGCCGCCCCCAAGGCCCGCCCGGCCUCGGUCCUCGCCACCUCGGCCGCCAAGUGGGACGCUCGCCUCUCGCACGACCCCAUCCACGACAACGCCUACUACGGCAAGUGCAUGAUCGGAGGCAUCCUCUCGUGCGGCCUCACGCACACGGGCAUCACCCCGCUGGAUGUAGUCAAGUGUAACAUGCAGGUGAACCCGGCCAAGUACAACGGCCUGCUGCCUGGCCUCAAGACCAUCGCUUCGGAGGAGGGUGCUGGCGCUUUGUUCAAGGGCUGGGCCCCCACGGCCAUCGGCUACUCUGCCCAGGGCAUGUGCAAGUUCGGCUUCUACGAGUUCUUCAAGGACUUCUACAGCUCCAUGGCCGGAGAGGAGAAUGCUUACAAGUACCGUGGCGCCAUCUACCUGGCUGGCUCCGCAUCGGCUGAGUUCUUCGCCGACAUGGCCCUCUGCCCCAUGGAGAUGGUUAAGGUGAAGGUGCAGACCUCCCCCGCUGGCACGUUCCCCGUGGAGCUGGGCCCCGCUGUGGCUGCCAUGAAGGCCAACUCGGCCGAGACUCGCUUCCCGUUCGGCUCGCUUGUCCCGCUGUGGUCGCGUCAGAUCCCGUACACGAUGGCCAAGUUCUUCUUCUUCGAGAAGGUUGUGGAGGCCUUCUACACGUACGUGUUCACGGAGCCGAAGAGCUCGUACCCCAAGAGCACGCAGCUCGGCAUCACCUUCGCCUCGGGUUACCUGGCCGGUGUCAUCUGUGCCAUUGUUUCGCACCCGGCUGAUUCCGUUGUGUCGCUCAUGGGCAAGGCCGAGAACAAGGGCAAGGGCUUCGGCCAGAUCGCCAGCGAGACCGGUCUGGUCAACCUGGCCACCAAGGGUCUGGGUACGCGUAUCAUUAUGAUCGGUACGCUGACGGGUGCUCAGUGGUGGAUCUACGAUACGUUCAAGACGGUCAUGGGCAUGGGCACGAGCGGUGGAGCUGCCCCCAAGAAGCACUAA